AUGAACGAAUCUUGCACAAUACCAACUUCUCCAUUUCUUUUGAACUUGAGUCAUGUUUUAGUUUGUUUAACAGCUCCUGUUUACAUCACCACUUGCUAUAUUUUAGUCUUCAAAUGUUCUCCGUUUUUCAGUCAGUAUCGGAUUGUCCUCCUGCGACAUAUAUUUACAUGCAUAUUCAUGGAAUACUUUGUGGACAUCAUCUGGCAAAUGACUGUAGUUGUUCCCUAUUCAGCGUUUUGUUCUGUGGGAACCGGACAUCGUUAUCCAGUUUUCAUGUUUUCUAUUGUUGUCGCUGGUCUUUGUGCGACUGGAGUUUCAAUAAUGCAUAUGUUUCAGUAUCGAAUGAAUGCAGUAACAGAUGAUUCAAUUCGAAUCUUGAAAAGUAUAAUAACGGGUGUAAAGUUCUAUCACUACUUUAUGAUGACGUCAUGUCUGUGUCUUCUGAUUGCGUCAUAUAAUCAUUUAGCAGAUCAAAAAGCAUUCAAAACGAAUGUCCAAUAUAAAUUCGGAAGUGUUCCAUCUUACAUCUGGUGUGACAAUUGCAUGUUCAUAAACACUGAUUCAACUACUGUCCUCAUUUUUGUUGGUCUUGGAGCUUCAAGUCAACCAUUAGCUGCAGUUUAUUUUGGACUAUCUGUAUAUGCUUUGAAACUUGGACUCCAGAAGCUUCGAAAGUCGUUAUCCCAACGAACAAUUACAACUCAGAGGAAUUUCUUGAAUAGUCUCUACCUUCAAACUGCAGUUCAUGUAAUUUUCAUAUCUGUCCCACUUGGUAUAUUUUUCCUCACCUUUAUUCUACACAUUCCUUCUAGUGAAAUGUAUAUGAGUUAUAUUCCAAUGGCAAUGUUUACCCAACAUGGAUCCCUAUCAGCUUUAGCUCUUCUAGUGUCUAACAAACCACUCUAUUCGGUGUUCACAAAAACAUUUCUUCGAAUGAAAACCAACAUCAGAGAAACGGACAGAGUUUCGGACAUCAGAGGAGCGGAAAGAGAACACUCCAGUUGGAACAGAACAGCUGUCAGAGAAAACGUUAUGAAAUAA